GGGCGGGGAAAGGCGCUGCCUUAACUCCCCGCCUCCCUCCAGGACUCAGCCUCGGGCUGUGCGGUCGAAGCCUCCGGUGCAGCUCUCCUCCUGCCCGGGCUGCCUGGGUGGCCGCCGUCCAGAGCUGCGGUGGCCCCCAUUCCCCCCAGUGUGCGCUCUAAGGCUGCCGCCGGCGCUCCGUCCAGCGCACCGGGGGUGCUUCUGGCCUCGGACUGGGACCUGGACUUGACUCGGGGAGGCUAAAGCUCUGGCCAGUGGUUCUGCGCGCUGGCUGCGAGAAAGGAGACUGACGGACUGACAGACGUCCCCACAGGCAGACUGACGUCCGAGACCGCAGCCUCGCCGGAGGGGACGGCCCCCUGGCCCCAGCGUUCGCCCGCUCAUACCGGGGAGUGAAGACGACGGCUGGAGGCUGCGCCUGACCUGCUCCAGUGAGGGCGGCGCUGCUCAGCCCCGAGCGCAAGGAGGGCCCACCUCGGUGGGGGUGACCUCCGGGGGUGGGGGGACUGAAGCUGAGGACUGAGCGAGGACCCCCCCCCCCAAGAGGAGAGAGGUCAGGGAGAAAGCGGCCAAGAUCCGAGCUGGGCCCGGCAGAGGAGCGCAGGAACCGGCCACCAGGAGAAGCAGUGUCCUCUGGAGACUCGCCAUGGAGAAGUGCUUGUGUGCUGUCCUUCUCACUAUGCUGUCUUCUGGCCAGGCCUUCUCUCCUAAUGACACAGAGCCGACCCUGGAGCCCGAGGUCUUCACUGACGCCUCUUCAGAGCGCCAGAAGAUCGUGGAUGCCCAGUUCAAGUGCUUUGAGCGGAUGAAGAGCAAACCCCCCUACAAAAAACCAGGUCUGUUCUGUAACCGCACUUGGGAUGGAUGGCUCUGCUGGGAUGACACACCUGCCGGGAGGGUCUCUGUGCAGAACUGUCCCGACUACUUCCCCGACUUUGAUCCGACAGAACAGGCCUCCAAGUACUGUGAUGAGCGUGGGAACUGGUUCCAACAUCCCGAGAGCAACCGGACCUGGUCCAACUACACAUUGUGCAACUCGUUCACAUCAGAGAAAGUGAAGGUGGCCUACAUCCUCUAUUACGUCGCCAUUGUGGGACAUGCCCUGUCGAUCGUCUCCCUCCUUGGCUCCCUUGGAAUCUUGUUCCAUUUCAAGAGCCUCAGCUGCCAGAGGAUCACACUGCAUAAGAACUUGUUCUUCUCUUAUGUGCUGAACUCUCUCUUCACCAUCAUCCACCUCAGUGCAGUGGUGCCCAAUCCUGACCUCGUGAAAAGAGACCCUGUGGGCUGCAAGGUCCUACAAUUCUUCCACCAGUAUAUGAUGGGCUGCAAUUACUUCUGGAUGCUGUGUGAAGGGAUCUACCUGCACACUCUGAUCGUGGUGGCUGUGUUUGCUGAGGAGCACAGGCUGCAUUGGUACUACCUUCUGGGCUGGGGUUUCCCACUGAUACCGGCCUGCAUUCACGCUGUUUCCAGAACCAAGUUCUUCAACGACAACUGCUGGAUGAGCGUGGACACUCACCUGCUGUACAUCAUACACGCCCCGAUCAUGGCAGCUCUGCUGGUGAAUUUCUUCUUCCUCCUCAACAUCGUGCGGGUGCUGGUGACCAAGCUCCGAGACACUCACCGCGCCGAGUCCAACAUGUACAUGAAGGCCGUGCGGGCCACGCUGAUCCUCGUGCCCCUGCUGGGCAUCCAGUUCGUCGUCAUUCCCUGGCGGCCCGAGAGCAAACUGGCCGGAGAAGUGUACGACUACGUCAUGCACGUUCUCAUGCACUACCAGGGCUUGCUGGUGGCCGCCAUCUUCUGCUUCUUCAAUGGAGAGGUCCAAGGGGCACUGAAGAGGCAGUGGGCACAGUACAAGACUCAGUGGGGUCAGCGGCGAAGGGACCAUUGCUCUACCCGCUCCACCUCCUAUACGGCCACCUCGGUCACCGAGGUCCCUGUUUACCUUUACUCUCCUGAUUCCCACAAUGCACAACUCAAUGGGAAGUUUGCGAUGGAGGACUCGGAGAUCACCGCCCUUCGGGCUGGAGAGGUGUCCACUUGAUUGUUGAGCAAAGGAGGCAAGGCUGGCAUUGCCGCCUUCUCUUUGCCUCUUUCCGUCUCUCGUCCUCUUCCUGACAGACUAGAGAUUCUCCCUUCUGGGAGCAAGUUGGCUGUGUGAAGGAUAUUUCAAUUGAUUUGCAUCUGCACCUGCCCACAGUGAGUGUCUAGGGAAGGGUUAGAAGCAUGUUUGAAUCCACAGCACAGGCUUGGGAAUGGGGAAACACACCACAAUCGUUAUGACUUCUCCCAUCAUCAGUCCAGGACCUAGAAAUGAGCCUGUCAUAGCCAUGCUGAAUAGGGCAAAAAAGCGAGAGGUUUGGGAGACACCUGGAGACACGGACCUAUGUCACUCAUCCCUGAAGGAGUCUCUGUUCUCCUGGCUCUCCUGAUUAAGGCUUCAAACCACAAACUCUCUUUCUGGGAGCACAACGUUGGCCUCAUGGCUAAGCAGUCCAGUCUUCUGGGUUGUGUUGGUGCUUGUGUGGUGCCAUCUAAUGCUAGACAGCAUCUCCUGGGAUGAUUAGGAACAUUCAGUCGUGAACUGCACGUGGGAGUUAGGAAUCAAAGACCUUUCAGACAGGUAAAUGCCAGGUUGGAGCAAAUGGAAAGGACUUGGAUCAAGUCACUGAACGAAUACAUUUUAGCCCUUUUCUAAAAAUGCCUAUAGAGGUACCCACCUUCCAUGAAAAGUUGGGCCUCCAGGAUCUGUGCCCGCCUUAUGGACAGCUCCUCAGGCAUGGUGGGGGACCUUGCCCAAAGCCACAGCUUUCCAGGAAUGGAUGGGCCUCCUCGCUCGGUUCUUGCUUUGUGGACAGCUCUCCGGGUAUAGCAAGGUGCUGUGUUCAGAGCUACAACCUUCCCUGAAAGGAUGGGCCUCCGGGACCCACGCUUGCCUUGCGGUGAGGGCCUGUGUCCAGAGCUGCCACCUUCCAUGAAUGGCUAUUGUCUAGAUUCAUUGCUCUCCCUCCUUGCCUUGCGUGCAGCUCCCCAGGUGCAGUGGAGGACUGGGACCAGAGGUGGUGCUCUCCAUUAAUGGCGGGUAUUGACUCUCCCGCCCCCGCCCCCUUAACAGAAGCUGGCUUUUCCAACUCCCUAAACUCCAGGGUUUGGGAGACAAAGGGGCGUUUGGGUGUCUGAGCCAUUUGAAACGGUCUCCAUCUAGCAGAAGAGCCUCUGACUUCUCUAUGACUGACAGACCAGGGGCCCAGUGGACUCCAGGCAUGCUUAUGGGAAAUUUCUGAGAGGUCUUCUGUAGGCGGGUUCAGCACUGGACAGCUCCCGCCGAAGCCGGCUAGAAACCUUGGUCUAGCUUUUGCCUGCCCAGCUAUUCACACAAGCAGGGGUGAGCUGCCCUCCCCACCAAGCUCAAAACAUGCUGGUUGAUACUUAGAGGAAAUUGGGACUUUGCCAAUCCUCACGUAUUUCAGGGUUAAACUCACUGGGUUCCCUCGAAUCCUCCACUAACCAACAUGAGCUGGGACAGAACCAGCCCGUGUCCUGAGGAGCUGGGGCGUCAAGGCUGGAAAGCGAUUCCAACAAGACCGCUGGCGAUCUGAUCAGUCUGAUGGGCAUGCUGAGGUUCUCCGGGGGCCAGGCUGCAAGGAGCCCCACCGCUCCUCUGGCUUCCACACUUGUUGGUCCAUUCACACCGUCUUUUAGGACAGAGUUAGCUGAGCUGCCAUACCCUGCCUGGGUUUCCCUCACCGGAUGCAGGGCAGUUUUGUGCGGUGCCGUGUGCCACCCCGCACUUUGUUAGUACCUUUGGGAGAUAGGGGCCCCGUGCCGAUGCCAUGACACGUGCCGGAACACUAGAUGUUCCUGGUGCUUUUAGCAGGACUGAGAAGCUGGCCCCUGUGACCACCUGGGAAAACAGGACACCUGGGAGAGGUCACCAGGGAAACAGGGAGAGCAAGUGCCCCGAGCACUAUUUACAAGUGCUGAUCCCUGUCUAUACAUGUACACGCCAGACCUCUGUGUCCAUGGGACGAGAUUCCCCCCCUCACUCCUUUCUUUUCCUCACUCCUUCCCUUGGCCUGAAGUCAGUGGGAGUUUGUCCUGUGUGGGCCAAAGGGUGAAGGCGCAUCAUCCCUUAGGCUCCACGUCCCCCACCCCCAAUUCCUGCUUGUGUCCAGCUGUAUUUGUUCGUUCGUGAUCGUACUUGAGCUUCAUUUAACGCUGUGGUCCAGUCCAGUGCCUGGGCUGUGUGCGUGCUGAGUAAA